UGCUAAGUGGGCCUUAUGAGUUUAUGUAUGUGACCACAUUUAUCUGUGACUCACACAUGUGUGAGCAUAAGCAUUUGCUUUUGGUAAUGCUGGACUAUGAAGGAGGAUGUGUGAGUGUUUUGGGUGUGUUCACUAGUGAGGAUGUGUGAAUGUAGUUUGGAGCAGGUCUGAGUAUUAGAAACUGUGCAUGUCAGUGUCCAUGGAGGCUUGUUUGGGUGGUGUGUCAGAGGAAGGCAGUUGUUGCCAGCAGGAGGAGUUGUGGGCUCUGUGUAUGCACAUCUGUGCUAGCCAUUGAGUCAUUAGCCAGGAUGGAGGCUGUUGUGAACUUGUACCAGUCGAUGGCAAAGCUUGGAGAUCCUCGGAUCCUGGGCUACCCUUUGAUGGGGUCCCCCUUGCUAAUGACCUCCAUUCUCCUGACUUAUGUGUACUUCGUUCUCUCACUUGGGCCUCGAAUCAUGGCCAAUCGGAAGCCCUUCCAGCUACGUGGCUUCAUGGUUGUCUACAACUUCUCACUGGUGGCACUCUCCCUCUACAUCGUCUAUGAGUUCCUGAUGUCUGGCUGGCUGAGUAGCUACACCUGGCGCUGUGAUCCCGUGGACUUUUCCAACAACCCAGAGGCACUGAGGAUGGUUCGAGUGGCCUGGCUCUUCCUCUUCUCCAAGUUCAUUGAGCUGAUGGACACGGUGAUCUUUAUUCUCCGGAAAAAAGAUGGACAGGUGACCUUCCUCCAUGUUUUCCACCACUCAGUGCUUCCCUGGAGCUGGUGGUGGGGAGUAAGAAUUGCCCCAGGAGGAAUGGGCUCUUUCCACGCUAUGAUCAACUCCUCUGUGCAUGUCAUCAUGUACCUGUACUAUGGGUUGUCUGCCCUUGGUCCUGUGGCUCAGCCCUACCUUUGGUGGAAAAAGCAUAUGACAGCCAUCCAGCUGAUCCAGUUUGUCCUGGUCUCGCUGCACAUCUCCCAGUACUACUUCAUGCCCAACUGUAACUACCAGUACCCAGUCAUCAUCCACCUCAUCUGGAUGUACGGCACCAUCUUCUUCGUGCUCUUCUCCAAUUUUUGGUAUCAUUCUUACACCAAAGGCAAACGGCUGCCCCGUGCAGUUCAGCAAAAUGGAGCUCCAGGUACUGCCAAAGUCAAGGCCAACUGAGAAACAUGCUCUUGCUAGGCGCCCACCUAAGUGCCUCAGGACUGCACCUUGGGCAGCAUCCAUCAUUGUCCUCUCCAACUACACCUGUGACCAAGGCUUAUGUGGUCAGGACUGAGCAGGGGACGAGCCUUCCCCUCCCCACAGCUGGUACACAGGGACCACAGCUUCCGUUCCUCACCCACUUCUCCUGCCAGCCCCAGGGACGUGGCCUCAUUGCCCUCUGCCACUCCGGAGCUGGAGGCUGAAAGGGCUGGACGCUAACUUCCCCCUCCCUGCCUUAAACUUGGGAGAGGAGCACUCAGGGCUGGCCCCCACCAGGGUCUUGUGGCCUUUUUCCUCACACUGAAGAGGUCAGCAAUAAUCUGUCACUGUGGACCCAGGCUCCCUCCUUUCCAUCCCACAGGUCAGAGUGGGUGGGAGGCCUGGGAAUACAGCCUGUGGAGUCUGCUCUCUCACAUGUCUUCAUUAAAAGUGACAGAGGAAACCA